AUGUAUCUCCCCCUGCGGCUUGCUCUUGUGUCGCUCGGCCUGCUGUUGGCGUGCGCCGAAGCGGCCGAACCGUACCGCCUUCGCGCUCCCCCCCUCGACACGCCGUGGACCAAAGAUGUGGGCACGAACCCUUGGCCGCAGCAUCCUCGCCCCCAGCUCCGCCGCGAUGCUUGGAAGACGCUCAACGGCAUCUGGACAUACCAGCCAACCCAAGGCGCUCCCGACGCCGGCGCCCUCCCGAAGCUGCCUCUGGAGAAGGAAGUUCUGAUUCCCUCGUGCAUCGAGAGCGGUAUCUCCGGCAUUAUGGAUAUGAGUUUUCAGGUCACUAGGAUGUGGUUCGGGACCAACUUCACCGUGCCCCCGCGCUGGACCGAGUCGGGCCGCCGCGUCCUGCUCAACUUUGAGGCGGUCGACUACGAGGCCACCGUCUACGUCAAUGGCGCGGAGGUCGGGUUCAACCGCGGCGGUUACGCUCGCUUCACCUUUGACAUUACCGAUCACCUUGCUGAGAACGGUGCCAAUGAGCUCCACGUCUUCGUCUUCGACCCGACGGAUGACCAGAGCAUCCCCCAGGGCAAGCAGACCAAGCGACCCUCGCACAUCUUCUACACGCCAUGCACGGGCAUCUGGGGAACCGUGUGGCUCGAGAGCGUCCCGGACAACUUCAUCUCGGGCCUCGACCUGGCCGGCGACAUGGACGGCAAGCUGACCGUCACCGUCCACAGCCGGACCAAGAAGGAGACCCCGGUCGAGAUCUCGGUCGUGGCUCCGCACGGCGGUGUGGGGGCCAAGCACGAGGGCGUCUCGGACCGCGAGUUCACGCUCCGGGUGCCCGACCCCGACCUCUGGUCGCCCGACUCGCCCACCCUGUACAACGUCACCGUCAAGUUGGGCGCGGACGAGGUCACCAGCUACACGGGCUUCCGGACCAUCUCCUCCGGCGUGGUCAACGGGAUCAAGCGCCCCCUGCUCAACGGCGAGUUCGUCUUCCUGUUCGGCCCGCUCGACCAGGGCUACUGGCCGGACGGCAUCUACACCCCACCGACGUUGGAAGCCAUGGUCUACGACCUGAGAGUGAUUAAGAGCCUGGGGAUGAACAUGCGUAGGAGGGUGUUCACCAACGCGCGGCCCACCGACGCGGAGCAAAAGGAGUUCGAGCGUCAGCUGGAGAUCAUGGUCAACGAGCACAAGAGCCACCCGUCCAUCAUCGCCUGGGUCCUCUACAACGAGGGCUGGGGUCAGAGAACCGACUACUUCCCCGAGUUCGCGCUGACCGACCGCGUCCGCGAGCUCGACCCGACCAGGCUCAUCGAUUCGGUCACGGGCUGGCACGACCAUGGUGCGGACAAUCAUAAAUAUGCUGAACCGCAGUGCGGCACGCCUUGGCAUUCCCAGCCGUCGUCUCCGUUCGACCCGAACCGGAUCGGCUUCCAGGGCGAGUUCGGAGGGAUCGGUCAUCGCCCAGCCGAUGAAAACCUCUGGCCCAUCGACGGGGCGGUCAGGACGAUCAACGAGACGUACGAGAUCCACGCCGGGCUCGAGUCGUACCACUACCGCGCCCACGUGCUCCUCACCCAGCUGCGCGAGCAGGUCGAGCGCUACGCCUGCAGCGGCGCCGUCUACACGCAGACCACCGACGUCGAGGGCGAGGUCAACGGCCUCCUGACCAUGGACCGCCGCGUCGUCCGCGUCGACGUCGACCGCUGGCGCGAGGACAUCCGCGCCCUCUACAAGGCCGCCCGUGCGAGGGCCAAAUAAAAAAAUAAAAAAAAAAAACACUACCACCCUGCCUUUAUCUGCCUGUUUUUGUGAUGCUUUACUUAAUUAUCCCCUGGGUUGCUAUGUUUAUGGGGCGGUAUUGUUCUAUCGAGUUCCUUCAUAAGCUAUUGUACCUUGUUACCUAAGGGUGAGUGAGGUACAGGUCUAUUAAUUAUUACUUACUACCUCUAGGUCCCUAAGGUACCUAAUAAGUAUGUACAUACCUUAGUUUUCCUUACAUCCAGAGAGGGAGGUAAUUUACCUAGCCCUACGCUGACGUGAGGAAGAUUCCGGGGUUUUGGUUUGUCGUUUGUCUGCAUCGAAAGGGGAGGGAGGGUUACUACGGUCGCUUGAUCCGGAAACAACUUUGUUCUGGUAACAUUGCUAUAUUAAUUAUCCACAAGCGCUUUU